AUCAAUGGUAAAAAGGAAAGUAAAAGUUUACAUCACGUAGUAAAUAUCUGAUAAUGACAAUUAAAAAAAAUUUUUUUUCUUUAAGAAUGGAGCAGAAAAACGCAAAAGAACUCUCAAAAUCUGUACCUUCCUGCGAAGAAGAAAAAGACAGAAUACAAAAAGGUUUUUGUCAUAUUGAUAGAGAAAUGAUUCGAUUUAAAGUACAUUUCUUUCUGUUUUAUGGAGCUAUGGGAGCUAUACUACCUUAUGAGCCUCUCAUCGCAAAGGAUUUAAUCGGAAUUUCUGCAACAUCUUAUGCAACAGUUUAUUCUUCUCAGUUGUUCAUUACAGUUUUUUCUAAAACAGCCUUAUGCUACAUAGCAGACUAUUUCAAGAGGGUGAAAAUAAUGAUAAGUCUUCUAAUCAUCGUGCAUUGUCUGUGUUUCUUAUCGAUUCUUGUUAUUCCAAAAAUUGAUGUGUCAGCAAACUUGAAACAAAACUCAACUUUGUUAAACCUUUUUGAAGAAGGUAGAAAUGGCACAGAACUUUACAUUAUUUCAUUGUCUUCAGGCAAAGUUUGUAAUAGGUCUUCUAAUGACUCCAACUUAUUGUCGAUGACAAUAGUCGAACGUAGACAUUCAAAAAAUGGGGAAAAUGUCACACAAAUAAGUUCAGAAAUAAUCUGCAUUGCAAAGUCAAACUUUACUGAUAAAACAUUGUGUUUUGAGUUAGGGAAUAACACAAAAGAGGGCGAAUUGUUGAAGACUCAUUUACCUUUAUGUUGCUCAACGUAUUCAAUGCAAUUAGAACAAUACAAAACACAAAUGAAAACGAUAACGAACUUUUAUUAUUUACAUUCUUUGAAUCCAGAAAUUUCUAAUGAUAGUGUCACUGCUUCAAAACCUUGUACUGCUACUUUUUCUGAUGAAUCAAAAAGCACUGAAAAAUAUCUAAAUAUGAACAGCUACAAAACGUACCAGUUUUGGCUAUAUGCAUGCAUUAUGAUUAUAGCGGGAACUUGCUCCAGUUCAGCAUUUACAUUGUCUGACACAAUCUGUUGCGAGAGUGUGCAAAAGUUCAACAGAGAUUUUGGUCGACAAAGAAUGUAUUCUGUUAUAAGUUGGGGUAUUUUUGCUCCGUUAGGAGGACUUUUAUGUGACCUCACAAAUGGAUUUUUCUCAACGUGGAUCCUUAUGGCAGUUACGCAAAUCUUGGUUAUAUGGAAUUUAUACAAAAUGGAUCUCGUUGUACCUCAAUUUUCUCAAAACUUAACAAAAGAUGUAGGUACAGUUCUUAAAUCUAGUACUUUUCUUGCUUUCAAUGCCGGAUCUUUCGUAAGUGGCAUAUGGGGUGGUGUAGUAUGGUAUUAUCUGGUUUGGUUCAUAUCCACAUUGGGAGCUAGUACAUUUCUCUGUGGUUUGGUCCCUUACGUGCAGUGCUUUGUCGGCGAAAUACCUUUGAUGUUCUUCUCAGGAUGGAUUAUUGAAAAAGUGGGACACUUCAAUAUACUAUCCUUGUCGCUUCUGGCAUACGCUGUCAGAUCUUUAUGGUAUAGCUAUCUUAAAAACCCGUGGUUGGUGCUACCAAUGGAAAUUACUAAUGGCAUAACAUAUGGACUAUUUUAUUCUGUCGCAGCUUCCUUUGGAAAACUUAGUUCCGAACCUGGGACAGAAACCACAACUCUGUCUAUUAUUUUUUCAACUCAUGAAGGAUUAGGAGCUGGUCUUGGAUGUAUUUUAGGUGGCAUUGGUUUUGACUAUCUCGGGGGUCAGGUUACAUUUUUCUACCUUAGUCUACUUGCUUUUGGUUCCACAUUUCUCAGUGUUUGCGGCACGUUAUUUGUUAGUAAACUUAACGUAGUCAACACGGAUAUUUCUUCAUCCUCAAAAAAGUCAUAUAAUACAAUGAUAACAAACUUCUGUCUAUUCAAACCUUCACGUGACAUGCUUUCAAUCGAGCCACAAGCCUUGCAGAAAACUAAUCCUGUGGGAUCAAGUGGUGACGUUCAUCCUGAUAAAAAUAUCAUCCUUGUGAAAUUUGAAAAAAAAUAAUGACUAAUUAUUUUUGUAGUUUUUAACAAAACUUUUACAUUGACUAAUGUGUUUUCAAUAUUGUUAUUAGUGGCAUGAUAAAAUGGCAAUAUAUUAAAAUAAUUUUCUAUAAACAUCAAAAAAUAAAUCAUUUGUGUGCAUGGUACUGUUCUUAGCAACUGUAAUUAUGACUGUUAGCACAAUGCUAUUAAAGUUAUUUUAAGUAA